UGUCUCUAUGCGAUUACAAGACUAUCAGCUCAUUGGGGUACCCGUAUGGGCGUUGGCUUGCAUAGUAUCUUUAUGGUUAAUCACCCUGUCUGAUGCUGUGUACACAAGCGCAAACUAAGCGUUUCCUUACAAAGAAUAUAUCGGCGCUGUCUGCCUGCUGGCGGACGCGUCGUGGUAACUACCAGAACGCCGCACAUUCUAGCAGGGGUUCAAGACCGCAAGCAAUCGCAUCCCAACAGGCACGCAGUUCCUGGCCACUUCCCAUGGAGGAUGGGAAAGCUCUACCGCGUGUCCUGUCCAUACAAUCCCAUGUUGUACAUGGCUACGUUGGCAACAAGUGCGCCGUGUUCCCUCUCCAGCUCCUAGGUCUAGAGGUCGACCCCAUCUACAGCGUGCAGUUCUCCAACCACACCGGCUAUCCCAGCUUCAAGGGCGCCGUGUUCGACGGCGAGCAGCUGCGCGCGCUGACGGCGGGGCUGGAGACCAACCAGCUGCUCACGCACACGCACCUGCUGACAGGCUACAUCGGCAGCCUGUCGCUGCUGCAAGCCAUCGCGGACCUGUGCGCCGCCCUCAAGCGGCAUUCGCCCAACCUCACCUACGUCUGCGACCCCGUCCUGGGCGACGAGGGCCGCCUCUACGUGGCUCGCGAGCUGGUGGACGCCUACGCCUCCACCAUCGUGCCCCUCGCCUCCGUCCUAGUGCCCAACCAGUUCGAGGCGGAACAGCUCACCGGCGGCACCCCCAUCACCAGCCUGCGCGCCGCCCUGGCCGCAUGCGAGCAGCUGCAUGCUCGCGGCCCGCACACGGUGGUCAUAACCAGCAUGACGCUACCGGGCGACCCGGGCGGAAUCACGCUGGUGGCAUCCACGCGGCUGCCGCAGGCGGCGGGCGGCAGGCUGGGCGGCGCGGCGCGCAUGUGCAUGCGGAUAGAUCGCAUCCAGGCGUACUUCACGGGCACCGGCGACCUAUUCGCCGCGCUGCUGCUGGCGUGGAUGCAUCACCAUCCGGGGGACCUGGCGGCGGCGGUGGAGAAGGCGGUGGGCGGGCUGCAGGCGGUGCUGGCGGACACGGUGGCGCAUUGCGGACCCGCGGCGCUGGCGGGGGAGCGGACGGCGGAGGUGUGUGCGCGGCGGGAGCUCCGGUUGAUACCCUGCCAAGGCAAGCUGGUGGACCCGCCCAUCACCUACCGCUGCCAAGUGAUUGACUCCUGACGCCCUGAGGCAGCAGCUUGACCGCGGGCGAGGACUUGACAUGUGGGCAGGCAGCAUGCAGGGCUGUACAACAUCCGCACGUGCCACACGUGCGUUUGCAUUGGCGUGUGCUGCUGCACUACGGUGCUUUGCAGGGCGCAUCGUGUGUGGAGGUGCUAGGGUUUCUCAGCCAGACGUCGUGGAAUAACGUUGUUACGCCUAGUGUGCCACGGUGUGAAAGGAAUAGGAGCGAUGGAGAGGCAUGCGAGUGACACUGCUGAGCGUUCUAUUGGAUGAUGUACGGCAAUUUCUGCAUCCCGCAUUUGUAGAUAGCAGUGCGUCAAGCGUGCGAAGGACCCGUACAUGUAUGACCGUUACAAUGGUUCCCUGAAAGGGAACACGGGUGAUGAACCCAACCCUACAUGCCGUACAUGGCGACGCUGACCCGGGGGUCCGUAGAAUUACAUGACAGCUAGGUUGUUAGAAGACGACAAGCUCA